GUCUGUCUGUUUGUACAGCAGACAGUUCCGGUAAUGUUUCCUGGAGCGGCUCAAAACUCCGCAGCUACUCUAAACACUCUCAGUGGAUGUUAGUGGACGUUGAGAGUGUGCAAAAUGCAGCUCGGAUCAGAAUAAGAGCAGUUAGGUUUGUUUUAUCUGGUGUAGUGACCGGACGACUUGACUUCAGCCUGCGUGUGAAUGAAGAGCAGUACCCUGGACGGUGAUAUCUCGGUGUCACAGCGUGUGACCGGCUGUACCGGACGAUGCCCCUGGCUCCUGCGACUCGGGCUCAGCUGAUUCGGUGCAGUCAGAAGGACGACUAUUAUCGAAGCUCUCUGAGGAACAGCGCUAACGACGCCUUCCAGACUCUGGCCGGAUCCAGACGAUGGCUGGAGUGGAGGAAGGAGAUCGAGCUGUUGUCAGAUCUUGCAUAUUUUGGCCUAACAACAUUCUUGGGCUAUCAGACUCUGGGUGAGGAAUAUGUUAACAUUGUCCAAGUGGAUCCCACUAAACGUCAGAUCCCCUCUCCAGCCAGACGAGGUGUGUUUGUCCUCUGCCACGCCUUCGUUCCUUAUCUGUUGGACAAGCUGCUGGUGUGUCUGGAGAACGAGCUUGAAGGCGGGCAAGAGAGCCGCGGUCGGCAGCAGGUGGGGUCCGUGCCAUGGAGCCUCGAGGCUUGGCUGAGGAGAUGGGUCCAGAAAGCGGCGGCGCUGUGUUCAGAGCCCCAGAGGAGGGCGUGUCUGAACGCUGUGUUUGUCCUCCAGCAGAGCCUGACCCUCCUCUAUCGCCUCCACUCGGCUCUGUUUUACGUCACUGGCUCGUUCCACCACCUGUCCAAGAGACUGGCUGAUAUUAGUUAUAUGCGUGUGGUAGGGCUGAACAGUAACGACAGCACCAUCGGGAGCAGCUACAGGUUACUGGGGGUCAUGUCCCUCCUACAGCUGCUCAUCACUGUGUGUCUGCAGCUCAACAACUUCAGACAGAGACAGAGAGCCAGGCAGGAGUGGAGUCUCCACAGGAAGCUCAGUCCACAGCACAGACAGAGCUCCGGCCCCAGAGCUGCCCUCUGCAUCCUCUGCCUAGAGGAGAGGAGGCACUCCACCUCCACCCCCUGUGGACACCUGUUUUGCUGGGAGUGCAUCACAGAGUGGUGCAACACCAAGGCAGAGUGCCCCCUGUGUCGGGACAAGUUCCAGCCUCACAGACUGGUGUACCUGAGGAACUACAGCUAGAACCACAGAGCCUCCACUGUAAUCACCUCAACUGCAGAAAACACAACUUGGGUUUUUUUGCAUUAUUGAAAGAAAAUUGAAAAUAUGUUACCAAUAAACAUUGUAUUCAUAUUUUAAUGCUUAACAAACAUGUACAUGAUUUGUGUUGCAGCCUCUGUUUCUGUUAGUUUUUGCAUUUCUGUAGUAGCACGCUCCUCUGAGAAAACGCAGCAGCUGAUCCAGUGACAGGUGUCAGAUGACCCGCGUCCUGCUCGUAUUUUGGAAUAAGGCUGUAAAUAUGACGAGAUGUGGAACCAGUGAAGGGCUGUAAAUAUUCUAUGGCUGAAGAAA